AUGUCAGCCAUCUCAAAGACCCUCAGCAAGCUGGCCCGCGGGGCGCGGAAGCCGGCUGCCCUUACUCAGUCCCGCCCCUUGGCAACAGUUCAAGACAACAACCUCGCAAAGAUGGCCGCCACAAUGCCGCCAGGCCACAAGGCGACAGUUGCCCAGCUCGAGACAUUCACCCUCCCAGAACGCGUCACCGGCAGCAAAGGUGAUAUUGCCAUGGGAAAGGCCCUCGUCGAUGCCUGGCGCCGUGACGGUAUCCUUCAAGUUUCCAUGAACGACAAGCAGCAAGCCAUCUUCAACGAGGCCACUGCGUCCAGCAAAGCUUUCUUCGCCAAGCCUCCCGCCGAGAAGGCUGCUUGUGUCGACUCUCAGAGCUAUGCCGGCUACAUCGCCUCCGGUGAGGAGAUCACGGAUGGCAUUGCCGACUACUCUGAGAUCUUCACCGUGACGAAGGACCUGGACCUUGCUGAGCCCCGUGUCCGCGCAAAGUGGCCCUGCCACGGCCCGGCCCCUUGGCCUGACUACGAGAUGAAGCAGCCCAUGACCACUUACAUGGAGUACCUUGGUGAAAGUGGAGAGAAGCUUCUCCAGCUUACGGAGCUCGGUCUCAACGUCCCCGCCGGAUCUCUGACCAACCUGACUGCCGACGGAUGGCACCACAUGCGUAUCCUUAGAUUCCCUCCCACGCACAACACCAACGGCAAGGGCAAGGAGGGCCGUGGUAUUGGUUCCCACACUGACUACGGUCUGCUCGUUAUUGCCGCUCAGGACGACGUUGGUGGCCUCUUCAUCCGCCCUCCCUAUGACGGUGAGCACUACGCCAACUGGGAGAAGAGUGCGGCUGGUAUGAAGGAGGACGAUGAGAAGUGGCACUACGUCCCUCCCGUCCCCAACGUCUUCACUGUCUUCCCUGGCGACAUCAUGCAGUACAUCACCAACUCCUACCUGCCCUCCACCCCCCACAAGGUCGGCCUGAACACUCGUGAUCGCUUCGCCUUCGCCUACUUCCACGAGCCCAGCUUCCAGGCCGUCGCCAAGCCCCUUCCCGGCUACGACGUCGGCCAGUCCCCCAAGGAGGGCAUCCACUACGGCACCCACUUCACAAACAUGUUCCUCAGGAACUACCCUGAGAGAAUCACUACCAAGAGAAUGAUGGCUGAGAACCGCCUCGCCAAGCUCCAGGAUAAGGAGCUGCGCACCCUUCCUCCCAAGAAGGAGACUUACAUUCCCAGCGUCGGGCGCCAGUCCCAACAGCAAGCUUCUUUGUAA